AACUGCGUAAACAGCCUUCUCAAGAAGUUCUGAAAAAAAUCUCUAGACUCGCCCCGAGGCGUAGCCGGUACGUGCUGACGUCAAUGGCACGCCACCCCUCAGAGACCCGGGAGGGCGGGGCCAGCGGGGGCAUCUGCUGCUGAAAGAGCCCCGGCCCGAGCCGGGGCCAUGGCGAAGCUGCUAAGCUGCGUCCUAGGCCCCCGGCUGUACAAGAUCUACCGGGAGAGGGACUCUGAAAGGGUCCCGUCCGGCCUCCCUGAGACUCCAACCUCAGUCACUAACCCCCCUUCCAGCUCCUGGGAUACUUAUUAUCAGCCCCGUGCCCUGGAGAAACAUGCCGACAGCAUCCUGGCAUUGGCUUCAGUCUUCUGGUCCAUCUCUUAUUACUCCUCUCCCUUCGCCUUCUUCUACUUGUACAGGAAAGGUUACUUGAGUUUGUCCAAAGUGGUGCCAUUUUCUCAUUAUGCUGGGACAUUGCUGCUUCUACUGGCAGGUGUGGCCUGCCUCCGAGGUAUUGGCCGCUGGACCAACCCCCAGUACCGGCAAUUUAUCACAAUCUUAGAAGCGACACAUCGGAACCAGUCUUCAGAAAACAAGAGGCAGCUCGCCAACUACAACUUUGACUUCAGGAGCUGGCCGGUUGACUUCCACUGGGAGGAGCCCAGCAGUCGGAAGGAGUCCCGAGGGGGCCCUUCCCGUCGGGGUGUGGCCCUGCUUCGCCCAGAGCCCUUGCACCGGGGAACAGCGGACACCCUCCUCAACCGGGUUAAGAAGCUGCCUUGUCAGAUCACCAGCUACCUGGUGGCACACACCCUGGGGCGCCGGAUGCUGUAUCCAGGCUCUGUGUACCUGCUUCAGAAGGCCCUCAUGCCUGUUCUGCUGCAGGGCCAGGCCCGACUGGUAGAAGAGUGUAAUGGCCGUCGGGCAAAGCUGCUGGCUUGUGAUGGCAAUGAGAUUGAUACCAUGUUUGUGGACCGGCGGGGGACAGCUGAGCCCCAAGGACAGAAGCUGGUGAUCUGCUGCGAGGGGAAUGCAGGGUUCUAUGAGGUGGGCUGCGUCUCCACACCCCUGGAAGCUGGAUAUUCAAUCCUGGGUUGGAAUCAUCCAGGCUUUGCUGGAAGCACGGGGGUGCCAUUCCCUCAGAACGAGGCCAAUGCCAUGGAUGUGGUAGUCCAGUUUGCCAUCCAUCGCCUGGGCUUCCAGCCUCAGGACAUUGUUAUCUACGCUUGGUCCAUUGGCGGCUUCACUGCCACAUGGGCAGCCAUGUCUUACCCAGACAUUAGUGCUGUGAUCCUGGACGCCUCCUUCGAUGACCUGGUUCCCCUGGCCUUGAAGGUCAUGCCGGAUAGCUGGAGGGGCCUGGUGACCAGGACUGUGAGGCAACAUCUCAAUCUAAACAAUGCAGAGCAGCUGUGCAGGUACCAGGGCCCUGUGCUGCUGGUCCGGAGAACCAAGGAUGAAAUCAUCACCACCACGGUUCCUGAGGACAUUAUGUCCAACCGAGGCAAUGACCUCCUGCUAAAGCUCCUGCAGCAUCGGUACCCCCGUGUGAUGGCAGAAGAGGGUCUCCGGGUGGUGAGGCAGUGGUUGGAGGCUUCCUCACAGCUGGAGGAAGCCUCAGUUUACAGCCGAUGGGAGGUGGAGGAGGACUGGUGUCUGUCUGUUCUCCGUUCCUACCAGGCAGAACAUGGACCUGACUUCCCCUGGAGUGUGGGUAAGGAUGUCCUGGGGCAGAAGAGGGAAUGGGAAGAACCCAGAAGGGGUGUGAAUACCCAGAUGGCUGGCCUGUAUUUGAGCAUUUCCUCUACAGGGGAGGACAUGAGUGCAGAUGGACGGCGGCAGCUGGCUUUGUUUCUGGCUCGGAAGCAUCUGCACAACUUCGAGGCCACACACUGCACUCCACUUCCAGCCCAGAACUUCCAGAUGCCGUGGCACCUCUAGGGCUUACUCUGGGACUCAUUAUUAAAGAAUUCAAAGAGAGAAGACAUGAGGGAGACCCUCCUAUUUGUGGUUCUCUGUGUUCAUGUUACUGUUUAUAGUUUUUGGAAAAUGGAGGGCCAUCCCUCUUCUCAUCACUGUUCCUCUUGCACGUUUCCCAUCGUCCAUGUGGCAGUACCUAACCGUCUCCAACACAUACCUUGCAUUAAAUGAAUGGAUUAUUCCUAAUAAUUAAUAAAAAGGUAUUUUUUCUACUAUC